AUGAGCCGUGCGGCCUACACUGUGGGAGCGUUGCUUCUCCUCUGGGGGACCCUGCUACCAGCGGCCGAGGGGAAAAAGAAGGGGUCCCAGGGGGCCAUCCCGCCCCCCGACAAGGCCCAGCACAAUGACUCGGAGCAGACUCAGUCGGUCCAGCAGCCUGGCUCCAGGGGCCGAGGCCGGGGCCACGGGCGGGGCACAGCCAUGCCCGGGGAGGAAGUCCUGGAGUCCAGCCAAGAGGCCCUACACGUGACGGAGCGCAAGUACCUGAAGCGGGACUGGUGCAAGACGCAGCCGCUGAAGCAGACGGUCCACGAGGAGGGCUGCACCAGCCGCACCAUCAUCAACCGCUUCUGCUACGGCCAGUGCAACUCCUUCUACAUCCCCAGGCACGUGCGCAGGGAGGAGGGCUCCUUCCAGUCCUGCUCCUUCUGCAAGCCCAAGGCCUUCACCACCAUGACCGUCACCCUCAACUGCCCUCAGCUGCAGCCGCCCACCAAGAAGAGGAGGGUCACCCGCGUGAAGCAGUGCCGGUGCAUCUCCAUCGACCUGGACUAG